ACCAUGUUCUUUAGACCAAUAACCUAUCUCCGCGAUGUGACGCUAAGCCAAUGACAUGGCUCCCUCAAUCAGGUUUGUAGCGGAAAAUGAAAAAAAAAGGAUGAGCCACGACCAUAUCAACUCUCCUUACUCCACCUUGGAAGUGUAGCCUAGAUGUAGCGAUUCAGACACUCUCCUCAACACAUGCGCUCUAAAAAUUGACAUUUUCAGAGGAAAAGAUGCACUUCAUGCUGCUGUUCAGCCGUCAGGGCAAGCUGCGGCUCCAGAAGUGGUAUGUGGCUGUGGCCGAUACCCAAAAGAAGAAGAUUGCACGCGAGGUCAUUCAGAUGGUGUUGGCUCGCAAACCCAAGAUGUGCAGUUUCUUGGAGUGGAGAGAUCUCAAAAUUGUCUACAAAAGAUAUGCAAGUUUGUAUUUUUGCUGUGCCGUUGAGGACCAGGACAACGAGCUUAUCACCCUCGAAAUCAUUCAUCGCUAUGUGGAGCUGCUAGACAAAUAUUUUGGCAGCGUUUGCGAAUUGGACAUCAUCUUCAACUUUGAAAAGGCCUACUACAUCCUGGACGAGUUUAUACUGGGUGGCGAAGCACAGGAAACCUCGAAGAAAAAUGUGCUCAAGGCCAUCGAGCAGGCCGACAUGCUUCAAGAGGAAGCAGAGGCACCACGCAGUGUUCUGGAGGAGAUUGGACUGACAUAAACCACAACUCGUCCCCAAAAACCAUCUGACAGAUUCACUCAGUCAACAUACAGUAUUUUAAGUGUUUUCAUCUUGGUUAAAAAAAAAAAAAAACACUACUGCCAGUUUGGCAUGUGAGCUGCAUAUCUGCAGUAUUUUUCUUUCUUUCAGAUGUUACGUGCAGGGAAUAUUUACCAAACACAUACACCAUUGGCCCUCGGCAUAUGUAGUGCUUUAUCUACGCGACUUAAACUGACUGGACACCCAUCCACUGCCUUAAAGAUACACAAUAUGUCAGUUUUAUACACACAUACAUACACAGCAGUUGUUUUCUUUUUCAUAUCUAAUGCCCUUGUCAAUGUGGAGUCUCCAAAGAAGGGUUUGUCAGCCAUUCAAGGCCAGUACAAAAUGUAACUCAAUAAGACCAGCUAAUGUCAGCAUUUGAACUAUUCUGGGUCUAUGAUAAUCUGUAGCGUGACCGUAAACACUGUUACAUUAGAUUUUUGCAUUGUGUUAUUUCACUUCAGUGUUUUCGUUGUUAAUAUUGUGGCUUUAUGUUUACAAAGAUUACGACAAACAUUCCUUUCUAACGUUUUUGUCUGGAUUUUAACAAUGUAACCUCAGUAUUACUAAAGUAUAAAUCAUCUGUCAUACUGUAAUUGA